GUUUGUGAAUGAUUAUACUGCAUUCAGAGCAUGCAUGAAAAAGUCAUGAAAUGACUUUCAGAGGGACGUCUGUCUGAUCAAACAGUCCCCUCCGCUUCAGCCUGAGCCUUCCACCUUUACCUCAGCUGGGGCAAAAGCCUCUGAUUCGGCACACCUUAGUUUUUCUCCUCCUGGAUGCACGUCUGAGACGACUGAAGAAGAGCUAGGUCAGACAAGCCCCUUCGCUGCGGCGUAUGCGGAGGCUUUUGAAAUUCUGCUGCCUGUUCUUGCUGUGGCUUGUUUGUGGCUUUAUCUCCUGCGCAGCGUUCACAGCUCGGUUUGACUGGGGCUCGCCCUCCGUGUGCUCAGCUAACACAAAUAACGUGCCGUCUCUACUUACUGGAAUAUUUAAUAACAAUGGCGUUGCACCCGCGCAGAGUUCGCUUGAAGCCAUGGCUGGUAGCCCAGGUAGAUAGCGGUAUGUAUCCCGGCCUUAUCUGGCUGAACCGAGAAGCCAAGCGGUUUCAGAUCCCCUGGAAGCACGCAACUCGGCACAGCCCGCAGCACGAGGAGGACAACACCAUCUUCAAGGCUUGGGCUGUGGAAACGGGAAAGUACCAGGAAGGAGUCGAUGAGCCAGACCCUGCAAAGUGGAAAGCCCAGCUCCGAUGUGCUCUUAACAAAAGCCGGGAAUUUAAUUUGAUAUAUGAUGGCACCAAGGAGGUGCCCAUGAAUCCUAUUAAAAUUUAUGAAGUGUGCGAUAUCCCGCAGUCCCAGGGAUCAAUCAUUAAUCCAGGUUCCACUGGCUCAGCUCCAUGGGAUGAAAAGGAUAAUGAUCUUGAUGAGGAAGAAGAGGAAGAACUGAAUCAAUCUCAGCAUGUCCCUAUUCAAGAGACAUUUCCAUUUCUUAAUAUCAAUGAUUCUCCAAUGGCUCCAGCCAGUGCAGAAAACUGCAGCCCUGAAGCUGUGUGGCCAAAGAAUGAACCUCUAGAUAUGGAAAUGCCCCCAACUGCGCUGCAGCAUGACUUCUUCAGCAGCCCUGAGCUCUGGAUCAGCUCUCUGCCAAUGACAGACCUAGAAAUCAAGUUUGAAUAUCGAGGAAAGGAGACUGGACCAACGACGACUGUAAGCAACCCGCAGGGAUGCAGACUUUUCUACGGAGAGCUGGGUCCUAUGCCAGACCAGGAAGAGCUAUUUGGGCCUAUUAGUUUGGAGCAAGUAAAGUUUCCAGGAACAGAGCAAAUCACCAAUGAAAGGCAGAAGGUCUUCACAAGUCGGCUGCUGGAUGUUAUGGACAGGGGACUGAUCCUGGAGGUCAGCGGCCAUGCCAUCUACGCUGUCCGGCUCUGCCAGUGUAAGGUGUACUGGUCUGGUCCCUGUGCGCCUUCCUCUACCACACCAAAUUUGAUCGAGAGGCAAAAGAAAGUCAAACUCUUCUGUCUGGAAACAUUCCUAAGCGAGCUCAUUGCCCAUCAGAAAGGACAAAUUGAGAAACAGCCACCAUAUGAGAUCUACUUCUGUUUUGGAGAAGAAUGGCCUGAUGGAAAACCCAGGGAGAGGAAGCUGAUUGUGGUUCAGGUCAUUCCAGUUGUGGCCCGAAUGAUCUACGAAAUGUUUUCCGGUGACUUCACGCGCUCCUUUGACAGCGGCAGUGUGCGGCUCCAGAUCUCUACGCCCGACAUCAAGGACAACAUCGUGGCCCACCUGAAGCAGCUGUAUCGCCUGCUGCAGAACCACCAGGAGGGGUGGCCCAUGCAGGCCCCCGCCAUGCACAUGGCCCAGCCGCUCCCCGCACAGUGACAGGCCCUCUGCUCUGCCCCAUGGCUUCUCAUGUUGUACAUAUGGAAAAGUGUUUCUUAACGAGUGCCUUGCCUAAAUCUGAAUAAAAUCUGUAAAUCUGGUCAUCGGAUUCACUUUCAGCAGUCCGUGGUGCUUUUGGUUUCGAAGUGUUUAAAACAGAGGGGAUUGCAGGAAUACUUCUGGUUCCUGUUUUCAGCUGUUUGCCAUAUGAAUCAGAUUUUCAAUUCUGUAAAAUUUUUUUUAAUCUGCUAUUGAUAACAUUGUAUAUAAAUACUUGAUCAUUAGAUGGGGGGGGGAAUUAAUCUGUGCUCUAUUAAAACC